AUGAUCGGCACAAAGGGCGCCCUGGAGAGCGGAGAGCCGCCUUGCAUCCGGCUGGAGCCCCUGAUCAGCUCCCACUCAGCGGCCGGCGGCAGUCGCGCCGUCUUCACGGACAGCAGCGGCGCCAAAGUGACGGCCAACGGAGUGCACGACAUCGAGGACCGGAUUCUGAGGAUCACCGGCUACUACGGCUACAACCCGGGGUACUCCAGUCAUAGAAGAGAGGACGGUUCUGAGUCUCAUGCUGAGACACCAGGCAGCGAUACCAGUGGAGACAGCCCGUCUUACCUGACAUGUGCCAACACGGUCCUGAAGGUCCUGGGUGGUCUACUGAUGGUGCUGUGCAUUUCCUCCUCUUGGGUUGGCACAACACAGGUGGUCAAGCUGACCUUCCAGUCGUUCUCUUGUCCCUUUUUCAUCUCCUGGUUCAGCAGCAAUUGGAACAUCCUCAUCUUUCCCAUUUUCUACUCUGGACAUGUGGUUACCACGAGGGAGAAGCAGACACCCAUCCAGAAAUUCCGGGAGUGCAGCCGGCUCUUUGGGGAGGACGGGAUGACUCUUAAGCUUUUUGUGAAGAGAACAGCACCAUUCUCAAUUCUGUGGACACUAACAAAUUACCUGUACCUUCUGGCCUUGAAGAAAUUGACCGCUACUGAUGUCUCCGCUCUCUACUGUUGCCACAAGGCCUUUGUCUUCCUCCUAUCCUGGAUUGUCCUCAAGGAUCGGUUUAUGGGUGUUCGGAUUGUGGCUGCCAUAAUGGCCAUCACAGGUAUCGUAAUGAUGGCGUAUGCUGAUGGUUUCCAUGGUGAUUCAUUUGUGGGUGUGGCACUAGCUGUAGGCUCUGCCUCUACAUCAGCUCUCUACAAGGUGCUGUUUAAGAUGUUUGUAGGCAGUGCCAAUCUGGGAGAAGUGGCUCAUUUCCUAUCCACCAUGGGCUUCUUCAACCUCAUCUUCAUCUCCUGUGUGCCCUUGAUCCUUUACUUCACCAGGGUGGAGCACUGGGGCUCACUUUCUUCACUGCCAUGGGGAUACCUGUGUGGAAUGGCAGGACUAUGGCUGGUGUUCAACAUCUUGGUCCACGUUGGGGUGGUGCUGACAUAUCCCAUUCUCAUCUCCAUAGGGACACUUCUCAGCGUCCCAGGCAAUGCAGCAAUCGACGUUUUAAAGCAUGAAGUGAUCUUCAGCGUGGUCCGCCUGGCAGCUACCUGCAUCAUCUGCCUGGGCUUCUUGCUCCUGCUGCUGCCAGAGGAGUGGGACUCAGUGACGCUGCGCUUCUUGGCCACCAUUGCGGACAAGAAGGUGGAAGAGCACGGCGAAGAGCUUACGGAGACCAGUGUCCACACUCGAAGCCGGAGCCGGGCCAACGGUGCGGUCUCGAUUCCACUGGCGUGAGAUGGCCAAGCUCCAUUAACGGUGUCCAUUGACUCCCGUUAUUCUGUCCUACACUGAGGAGGCGGGUCAGGAUGUCAUGGAGACAUAUUGUCUUGACCUUUAAAAAUAGAACUUAGGAAAUACACCGCUGCCUGUGUCACAUUCCUACAGGAUAAGUCUCAGUUGUGGAUUUUCAGAACUGAAAAGGUGGAACUCACCACACUCAGCCCAGUUCUUCGCACGCACCUAAACAAAGAGCUGAACAGCCUCCUCUGAGCUCCUCCACAGACUGUAUUCUAUGAAUAUAAAUAUUGGCAGGGCCAGUUUGGCUCAGUUUUAUUUAUUAAAUUAAUUUGGAACUGUA